AUGUGGCCAGUGGGGACUGCGCGGCUGGUUCCAAGCAGGGCAAUCUACAAACCGAUCUUUGAUGAUGAGGUUCAGUUAGUACGCUCUUUGGCUGAAGUAAGGAAGAAGACUAGGUUUUCUGUAAAGAGAGAAAGGCUGGCUUUGGUUAGGGAUUCAGAAAUUUCUACUGAUGCCAAGCUACUGCCGUGUUACCAGCAGAAGUGUGUUGAAAGAACGCCCUACAAUGACUCCCCAGAAAAGCCACUGUUGUACAGGGAAGCUACAACAUUUCAAAAAGCUUGGAAAGGUGUAGAUGAAAAGGCAGCUGAGGAAGUCAGAGCCCUGCCUAAUUUUGUCGUUCCUGAGGAAACGAGGAGUAAUAUCUUGGAAUGCCUGUCAGAACGCCGGCGAGGCCGUCAUGAUGAAGCACUAACUUCAAUGUAUCACGAGCUUGCCUGCAUUGCCAGGGAGCUGGAACCCUUGGUUUUGGAGUCUGGAAAAUUCCUUCUGACAAAACUGAUGGAAUCUGAUAGAAAAAUUGAACUUCUGUUUAAAAAGAUUGAGUUUGACACUACUGUGGAAGGUUUCUCGAUUGAAGGUUUGGAAGAACUGUGGAACGUCAUCCAACAGGAAUCCUUGACCGGAAAGAAGUGGGUCAGGGAAAUGGAUGAAGCCUUAAAAAAGGUUGAAUGGAGUCGAGCUGAUAAAAUAACAGAUGUGCUGAGGAAGUAUACUGUGAUACUGGAGGAAAUUGCCUUCUUUUUGCCAGCUGAUGUUUAUAGGCUCAUCAAUAAUGAGGCCAUGAUGAUUAACAGAGCGCUGUUGGCGAAUCAGAGGGCAAUUGCCAAGCUGUUCUUUAAUCUAAUGAAAUCGGAGAUGAAGAGGGAAUUAUCACUUCGAUUGAAGUGGCAGGAUAGAGUCAAGGACUGGAAGCUAAUCCAAAAGAAUUACGUAGUUCACAGUUUCAGAGAAUUUAUGGCAAAUGAAGAGAUACAGAAUCCUCCAACUGUGAAAACAGAAAUGGAAAAUAUGAUAAAGGAUCAGAUUUUACUUAAUGAAAGGAGACUGGAGUUUUUGCAGCACCUUGGGUACGACAAAAGAAAGAACAGGAACAAGGGAAAUGAUUUGUUGCCUCCCAUACACACGAAAGCUGACAUAGUUGAAUGGUACAAAUCUUUGGUGAAUUUAAACAGAAGUAUAGAUACCCACAAUAUGGAGUGUAUGGGGAAAAUACACACCCAAUAUGAGAUGGUCCAGCAAAAAUGUUUGGCAGAAAUGCAGCUAUGCAAGAAUAACCUGUUGAAUCUGAAUGUUUGCACAAAAAAAGAGGCUGAAGAAAUUGUGAAUUCUGAGUUAUUUCCAUUAACUGAGAAAUUACAAAGUCAGUUUGAAGAAAAACUGGAGCGUAUGAAUAGAGACUUUGAGGAGCUGGCUAAACAGAAUGAGCAGAAUUGUAGAGACUUGUACAGCUAUUUUCAGGAGGCCAUGGGUCUCUGGGAUGUCCAUCAACUCAAACUGUCCCAGCAGGAAGGUGAAUUUCAGAAGAAAUUAGAUGAAUGCAGAUGGAAACGGGAUAACUUAAUACAGAUGAUGGAAGCUAACCUGGAUGCAAUUUUGGCUGAAAUGAGAACAGCGAGCUCUGAAAAAAAGCUGAAGAUCUAUUUGGAGAACAGCCUUUCUUCUUUAGAUGACAUUAAAGCUAAGUAUGCAUCAUUCAGCCCAAUUCUAAUGGAUAAAAUAAUGGCUUACCCAGAAGCUAUUUUGUGGGAAUUGAUUUCUUACAGUAUAUCCGUCAGCCAGUAUUUUAAUGUGAAGGAAAUCUUCAAACAGAACUUGCAGGGAGAGAUAGACUCCACGUUUCAAGAUCAAGUUAAGGCUUCAGGAGCUGAAGGUCUGGUGGAGCAGCAAGCUGAGAGCAUUGUGCAAGAAAAUGAAGGAAAGCAGAAGAUGGAUAGUUGUCAACGAGAAAAUGAAGAAACAAACAUAGCUGAGAAUGAGGCCAUCAUUGCAGAGGAAACUGAGGAAACUGAGGAAGAAGAAGAUGGGGAGAGUAUUCCUCACGAAAGUGAAGAACCUGAGCAUGCAGGUCAGGGGGUUAUGUUCAACAGCAGCAAGGCAGAGAGCUCUGAAAUUCCUGUUGAGACCUUUUCCACUUCUAGUGGAAACACUUACACAGUUCUUGAAGAUGGAGAGGCAGGAAAGACUGACAUCCCAGAGACUCAUUUUACAAAAUAUGAAGAAAGAGAGUCACUUCCUAUAUACCUGAAAUAUGGACUUAUCGAUGAAACCAUGUUCAUAGAGCUGAAGAAAAGGAUUCGCCUCUGCUUUUUUGAACACUUGGAGAAAUGGUUUGCAGAGUCUUUGUCCAACUCCUUUGUUAUUGUAGCUGCCAAGAAAGAGGAGCUGAAUUCAGACCUUCAGCUGCGUCUUCACUUGCAUCAACAAACACGGGAGAAUAUAGAGACAAAUAUCUACAAUGUUAGAGCUGUGGAACUGUUGCUUCACAACGAGCGUCUAGAGUGCCACUGUGCUGGGGUGGAAGAAGCUCUGAAAAAUGAGAGAGCUGAAUUUCUCAAAUUUUGUGAUGAGCAAAACAUCAUGAGCAAAAACUUACACUCACGAAUCUGUGACAUGGAAUCUGUCCUCCUCAGUGCUCCUACGACUGAGAAGUUAGUUUCUUUCAGCAACAGUCUGAACUCAGAGCUACAUAAUCAUCUGGAAAUGAUCCAGGUUUCCCUGAGGAGCUACUGGAACUAUUUGGAGGAAGCUUUAGGAAAAUUAAGGAAUUCCAAUGUGCAGUUUCUCAAAGCUUGCAGAUUAUUUUUGGAGGGAGGUAACUUUUCUCCUGAGGAGGCAAAGUCUUUCACCAAGCGUCUUGAGGCAGAAAGUGAGCGUAUUAACUCUUUUGAAAGUUUAAUCAAGACAGAUAUGGAGAAAAUGGAAUCGAGCUGCAUGGAGCAGGCUACUGGAUUUAUCAACCAAUCUGAAAAAAAGUUCCAGCAUCUCUUUAUGAAUCGAGCCUUUAUGGAGAAGAUCCAACGAUUAUUGUCAAAUCUACGAGUGCAAAUCAAAUCAGAGGUAGCAAAUUCCACUUCGCAGGCAGUGACAUUAAACUCUUCUCUGGAGAAGCUCCGUCAGGAGAUAGAUGCUUGUGCUCAUCAUACUGCAGAUAAAGAAGCUUUGACUUCUGAAGAAUUGUAUGAUUUUGCCAAAGGAGUGUUGAAAAAACUGAAAGAGAGGAGCCAGUAUCUUGACUGCUUGCUAGUAAAAGCAGUGAGCCCACGUGAUAAUAAACACUUUACCCCUCUUGCAACGGAUGUUACGUUACAAGGUCCGAUUGCUGCUGCCAUUCGAACAGAGCGUCUCAGAGAUGAGAGCAAAGUGAUGGUGAUGGGGCUGGAUCCUGUCAGAUUUCCUUUGUUAAAUCCCAGCAGAAUGGGAAAGUCUGCACUUGAUGAUUUAUCAAUAAGUUUUAUCAAAAAUUUACUUGGAAUUCAGUCAGCCAGAAAAUCUUCAGGCUUAAAUAAGGAGAGAAAUGAUCAAUCACAUUCAUCAGGACCAGCAAUUGUGUCUGACAAAGGUCCUCAGAGCUCUGCUACUUACAACUGUGCAUCUCGGAUCACCAAGAAGUUGCCUUCUAAGAAAAAGAUGUCAAGAGGAAGAGUACAGAAAUCCACCAAACCAGUUCUUGGUGACAAGAGAUUCCAGAUGUUUGGAGAGAAGCCUCCAGAAGCUGAUACUUUCAAGGGGAUUAUUAUGAAUAUUCUCUGGACGGGCAAUAACAACUUGCUCUCCCUUGCUGAGGAGUUCUACCAAAAAGAGAAGCUUCAAAUCACAGUGCCCGAAGAUGUGCCAGAGACAUUUGAACGUUGUGCAAAAAUGCUCAAACAGCAUCUAUUGUCAUACCAAAGCCAGACAGAUGAUUACCACAAUUCCUGUCUUAUGGAAUUUCAGGAUCAGUUGAAGUUGUUUGAGAAGGAGCUCCCUUAUGUCUGCCAGUUGGCAAUUGAUAGUCUUUUAAAAGAACACGAGCAGAAGCUCAGCUAUUCCACUGGUCAGAUUCGUCAGCUCUUCAAUAAACAGCUGGAAGACUGGGAGAAAGUGAAGGCUGUGCACAAGAAUCAAUUGCAUCCCUCUCUGGGACACCCAGACAACUUAGUUCAGCUGGAUGCUUUGUGCCAAGAGGAAAUAAAAAGACAAAAAGACCAAGCUGAUGGUAUUCAUCUCAACACACAGAUGCUGCAGGACUGUGCUGCUGAGUGUGCUCAGAACUUUUUUUCUGCGCUAGCUGCCUUCACUGAAAAGCUGCUUCUGGAAUUAGAUGAAAGUAUCACUGUUGAUGAUGUACAAGUAGCAAAAACUGAAAUACCCAGAGAGAAGACAUCCACUUUAACCGACCGUAAACAAGCUGAACUUCCUCUAGAAGUCUGUGAAGUUAAACAGUUAAUUGAACGUGGGAGCAGGACUUGGCCAGGAAUACCCAGGACUACCCUUACAUACAAUUCAGACCAUAUUCUUUGCAGAGAAACUGCGUCAGUUACAACAGCUAAGACUACACUGGGUCAUGUAGCAGCAGUAGAAGCAAGAGAUGCUGUUUAUAAGAAAUACAAAUGUAAACUUGAGCAGCAGUUUGCCCAGAUCAAGGAAGAAAGUACAGCUCAGCUGCGGACCAUUCAGUGUUGGCAAGAUUGGUGGAAAAGAUCCAUCCAGAAGAUUAAGCAACUCUAUACAUGA